CCGGGACUCCUCGAGGACGACAGCGAUAGGAGGAUUUGCGUGAGGGAGGUGCGGACAUUGAACGUGACGACAAGCAGUUGUGGGCAGAGUGCAGGUAGGCGUUGCGUCAAGCUGGAAUGAAGACAAUAACGAGAGGGGUACAACGGCUCCACGUGGACGAAGGCAACGACACGGCUGUUCAGGAGCCCCUCGACUGUGACGAUGCUGACGGUGAUGAGGAUUGCAACUUUGACAAUUUGCCUGAGAUUAGGCCCCUUCGGAGCAAGGUGAGGAACGGCGGUGCGAGUGCGAAGAAGUGUCCCACUCCGAGAAAUCGACGGAAUAAGAAAAUGGAUGAAGAUACCGGCAAGAGCGAUGGCGAGGGCGAUCGGAAUUUCUGGUCGGUCGGAGACACGAUCGCACUCGUGAGGGCGAAAAGGGAUCAAGAUCUGUAUAUUGUCGGGUUGGGGCACAGUUUGGCCCGCAUGAAGACCAGGGAAUGGAAGUGGGAGGGCGUGCGGGCGAGGUUGCAGACGAUGGGCGUCACGAGGAAGGCCAUCGACUGCGGGAAGAAAUGGGACAACUUGAUGCAGCAAUUCAAGAAGGUUCACAAGUUUCAGAACCUCUCUGGCGGGAAAUACUACUUCAAGCUUGCUUCAUCAGCCAGGCGAUCGGAGGGCAACAACUUCGUUAUGGACCGGAGCGUGUACGACGAUAUGGAGGCCGUGACGAAGGGGGAUCACACGAUCCAGACACGGGGGCGGCGGGGGGGUUUCAGAUGCCGGCAGGCGCGGGGGCUGGAGGGGAAUCCAUGGCCAGGGCGGGAAAGGGGUUGUCGACAUGUCCCCAAGGCAAGAAGGUUCCGUUCGGAAGAAGCAUCAGGAAGCGUGCCGCCUCGAAGAGCGCAGACUUGGGCGAUAGCUGACGAAGGCGACGACGACGAUGUCGUCGCGACGAAGGAAGAAGCACUAGAGGACACCGUGUCCGCACUUCGGGGGAGAGGUCGCCAACGGUCAUCAGAUCAGAGCAUUGCGAGGAGAUUGGUGACGCCUCCUUCGGAGACGCAGCACGUGAGUGCCUGCGAUACCGCGAAGGCGAAGGAGGUUGUCGACGUCGGCAGUGAGGAUGACGAGCCCUUGGAAAGCCGUCGACAACGCAAUGUCACACGAGGUGCCACAACUACAGUAGUCAGGGCACGUGGCGCGACUGAGGAAAGGCCACCUCAGGGUGGGCUGCCCUCCACGCCGUCUCAGCAGCAUCCGCGCAACACGACUGAUGAGGGAGGCUCCAUGGAACGUGGUGGAGGGGGGGAAAUCCAGCAAGAAGUGCGCGUGGUGGUGGGGGGGCCGAUCGCUGUUCCGGGUGCGGGAACUUCAAGCACUGUGGCACCCGUGGCAAGAGUGGGAGAGGAGCUUCUAGUUGUGGAGCGGGAGGUGGCGCGUGGCGAAAAGAAAGCGGGCGAUCUCCCGUGCGACGGUGGUGGAGAAUAUUGCUCUGCGCGUCUUGCACGGCUGGGUCUUCAAGUUCGGGAAUGCCCCCCAGGAUACAAUCUCGCUUUGCAAUACUCGCUGGAGUCGGUGGCAACGGACAUUGCGCGUGCUAUGUGGUACGGCGAGGAGUGGAGCAACAUCGUGAGUGCGGCUGUUUGCAUGCGUACAAUUGACCUGUCCAUGGACUUGACACUGUGGUUCGCGGGCGCAAACAUCGAGGACAGGCCGAAGGACGACGACAUGGCGGCGUACCAGGAGUCCACCGUCAUAUGCAUCACCCAUGCAUUUCGCGCCGCGGUGCAAAUGGGUGCGAACGUCGAUGGUGGCUUGAUCUCACACGACCGUCUCUCAAGGGUUGCUGAUUGCUUCAAGCUUUUGUUGGCGGCCAGCAUGCGGUUGAUGCGCAUGGCGGGAGACGAUCUGCGCAGCCACUACGAAGCCUUCUACUUCACGAAGCUGGUCGCGAAGCCCACGCUUGUCCCGUCCAUGCAUCGCUCCUUCGAGCAUCGACGAUCCGUCAUCCGAGCCACAAACGUCGUGACGGAGAGGCUAGGGAAGGCGAACGCCACCUUGGGAGAGCACCCGAAGUACAUCCCGAACUAGGCAUCCUGCGGGAUCAUCUUCGGGCACGACGCUAGCAUAACGGGGCCGGAGGACGCGAAGAGGCUGGAUUGGUUGGGUUCGGGCCCCUUGGAGGGGACAACCACGACGAUGGAAAAAACGACGCUUUCCCAAUGCCACCCAAGAACUGUGUUUGAUCCUGAUUUCAACAGUCGAAGGAAGACAAUGCGCACAACCCCAUAGAGCAGAUGAUGUCCAAGAACACAUCUUGUGAAUAUGUAAUGGCACAAUGCAUCUUCGUUCGUAUUGAUCAUCGCAAUGAAAUAGCAACACAAAG